UUACCGAGGAUCUUGCAAAUCUCGAGUGAGCUUAUAGAAUCAUGGCAGCGUCCAGCGAUGAUGCCCAGGCUGCUCAACUUCUGGCAAAAUUUAUGGAAUCUGAUGCCGAACAAAACUUGCAGGAGUCUCUUACGAGUGAACAGUCCACCGAUUCUUUCAAGCCGAAUCCUGCUCCUGCUCCUUGUUAUCAUACUAACGGGCUGCCCUUAUUGGAAUCCGAAGGUCAGGGUCCCAGCGAACGUGGUGAAUGUGAGCUCCAGGAAGGUUCCCAAAAAGAGAACGUAAAAUCAUCGGACGGCUGGCUUUUGGGAUCCAAGGUUGUGACAAAGGGAACAAAUAUCAUUGCGUCUCCCUUGCAACUCACAAAGACAAAGGGCCUCGCCGUCCAAAAAGACUCGCAUCAUCAACUUCAGAGCGAUCAAGAAAAGAAAGCUUUCAAAUCACCUCUCCCUUCCACUCGACAUCGCGCACCGUCUCAAGACUCCUUCAUCGGUCGAGAAUCCGACCCCGCAGCAGCCUACAUUUCCAGAUCCAAACAUUUUCAAAUGCCACUAUCACAACUCAAUAGCUCAACAGAGGGCUCUCAAGACAAUAUUGGGACCAUACUCGUCGAAGCAACUCCCGAUCCUGGCGAUGACUCUCCUGACCAGGAGCAUGAGGAAGGCGAAGAGAUGUUUUAUGCUCAGCCUCGAGACGUCUUUGAGGUCGAAGACGUCGAGGUUGCAGAGGCUAGUCAGGCUUCCUCUCAUUCGGACGCACUCGCGUUUUGGACAACAGAGGCCACUAGAGGAAUUGAUUAUGAGGACGUGGCAACUCAGCCCGCAACUCAGCCCGCAACUCAGCCCACAACUCAGCCAGAAACACAAGUAACUCAGCCAGCGGAUAGUUCUCAGGCCAGGGUCGACGCUGAAUGGGAUAGUUUGGCAAAACGUGCUGGCGUGAAAUUGGAUGUUCCUCGAGGGAAGCGAGGUCGGUAUAUCGAUGAGCUUAGGAAAAAAGUUGGCCAACAGGACAACAACGAAUCGGAGCUUGUCGCCACGCAGGAAGCAACACAGGUUGAAUCUCAACUGGACGAUGAAACCGAUUGUCCUCCACGUCGACAGCUUCCUGCACCAAGGCCUAUCCCUGAGAUGGAUGUACCUCCUGUCGUUGAUAGCUCGGAGCCGACUCAAGUCGUGGCAGACAAACCCAUUCAAUGGAACAGGCGUCGACAGCUUCCAGCUCCGAAGCGCACCGCCAUCUCCGCGGUUUCGGAAGUUGUUGAUGAUCCCAUGGUUGUGCCAGACUCUGAGCCACUGAACAAUUCUACCACCACCACCUCUGCCACCGCUCCUACAGCUCAUUUGAUCAUCGCCUCUUCUGUUCCCGACCACCGGCAGGACAAGGCUACGGACAUUAUAUUGGAUUCUGAAGCUGGUCUUUUGACGCCGCUGGAUCCUUUGACCACCGACGAUGAGGAAGAGGACAUCCCUCUCGCUAAGAGUGGCGGUGGUGGCAAGCAUAAGACGAAGAAGGAAACAUCUACUCAAAAAAUGCCGCCUCCCCCUACAAGCGUAACACAGGCCAGAGGUAGAGCGAAAGGGAAAGGGAAGGAAACGGCUGCAGACACGCCUACCCCUGAGGCGACGAAAGCUCGGCGCUCAACUACAGGGAGAAAAGCAACAGUAUCGCGCGGAAAGGAGGGCGAGGUUGUCCCAUCGUCGAUUCCAACUGAAACACCUCAGCCGAAAAAAGCAACACGUUCCAAGGCUUCUCAAAAAUCAUCCAUGAAACGUCGGGCAGCAGGCUCUUCCGCUAAGCGACGUCGCACUAAGUACGCAGACGAGUCAACAGUCGAGGAGAAUUCUGCCAAGGAGGAGGAUGUCAUGACUGAGCAUGGGUUUGAAGAGGAUCAUACCGAUACUUCCUCACUUAAACGCAAACGACCCACCAGAGGAACCCAUGAUACUGUAGCAUCUGGCUCUGGUGUCAAGCCUUCUCAGACCUCUCGUGGCCGAAACUCCAAGUCAGUCCAAGCUGAUGUCCAAGUCUUUGCGUUGUCAAAAGCAGAUGGUCAUUUUUUUGCCGGGCGGUUGCAACACCGAGACUCCUAUGGAAACUGUUUUGUUGAGUUCAUGGAUAAAUCAACAGCACUUCUCCAACUGGAUCAGAUCCGGAGGUUGGACCUCCGCUUAGGCGAUGAAGUUCUUUGGGAGGAGGAAAUUGUUGGAUGGUCUGUCACGGGUCUGCACCUGGAUUCCAAGGGCCAGCUUCAAAUUACAACGGAGCUUUACGGUACGAGAACGACCCAUGGACUUGACGAUAUCAGGAUAACCACCUGUUCUAUCAUGUCACACUGGGAGGAUCGCAAGUUCAAUCCUACCUCAGCAAUGAUACUAUCUCUACCUAUCCGAGAUGAUGGCUCAGUGAAACCCAGUACGUCGGUGGUGAGAUUCACCGCAGAGAAACCAAGGCCGACCCAUUUCCUUCGAGAGUUCGCGAUCAUCGGCACUCACAUCAACGAGCAGGUGCUGCGAGAUCUUUCUACCACUGGUGCUCUCAACACUUCACAAUGGACGGAUAUAAUCUCAUUCGGAGAACAUCAUGAAGGACGACGAUGGAGGCUACUCAAGGAAGAAUGUGGCAAGGCUGAGUCACGCAACCUUGAAGGCAUUACUCGAAUCUUUAUGGUCGCCAAUGCUCCUUACGCCACGCCCAAGUAUUUGAUGGCGUUGGCGUUGGGAGUACCGUGUGUGUCAUUGAGUUGGUUAACGGAUAUGGCGAUCGAGGGAUCUAUCAAGGACUGGUCUCAAUACCUACUACCUCAAGGUUAUUCUGAGCAUCUCGGUCUUCGAACCUCGCAACUCGUCGACAUGGACUGGGGAAACAGUGCUGAUCACAUGGUCAGGAUCAUGGAUAAUCCCGCUCCUGCAAAGCUAUUCAAGGACCUCAACAUCCUCUGCGUCACUGAGGACGAGGAUUACAUCAUGAAUUCGACAGCGACGCUGCUUCCUGCGAUUAUCUUAGCCAUGGGCGCAGAGCUCGUGGAAGUCGUGGACAACGUUGACAACAGAAGCCAGCUCAUAUGCACGGCGAACAAAUCUUUAUUCGUUACUCCCGAGAAGGUCGAGAGGUUGAAGAAUGAGGAAAAGAAUAUACAACCGCUGGAGUUCCACUUUGUUGUAUAUCUGAAGCGCAGUUUAGGCGAGGCUCCAACUUUUCAAGGUAUCAAAGCCCGAACGUGGGGCUGGGUCAAGGAGAGUCUCAUCGCGAGCAGGUUGCUACCAGACUCCUUGGAUAUGACACCUGAUGCGAUGGAAUUGGAACUUUGA